AUGGCCCUGGAAUUCCUCGCGCGACUGCAAGAGAAGAAGUGGGCGCCGUGCCAGCUGGUGGUGGAGGCAAAGGGCGCACUGUGGGAAGAGGGCCGCGGCAUCCUUGCUCGCGAGUUCCGUGGGGGUGAGGAGGAAGAGGAUGAAGAGGAGGAUGAGAAGGAGGACGAAACCGAGUCCGAGGAGGAGGAAGCAGAGGAGAAAGGGGAGGAAACCGCGCCCGAGGAGGAGGAGCAAGCCGAAGACGACUCUGCGGAUUCCGUGGUCACCGCAACAGAGAUCGAAGUUCAGACCGAGGCUGCGGACGAGCCUCGAGAGGAGUGCGCACACUCCUUUUCCCACCUGGAGGGUGGGUUUCUUGAUGAAGCCUUCCGAAGCUCAACAAGAAACAUGCCAGUGGCUUCCGUGAUUCUGAGCACACAGCCGCAUCACGUGGCAACUGCACUCCAAUUUCGCUUGCUCAGCACGGUGCCGGUGCUUGUGCCACAGGUGCCGCAGGGCUUGCUUGCAGGUGCAGCUGUCAUGGUCGAUGUUCUGCUGAAAUGUCCGAUCUUUAGCGGUUUCACUGGCAUCAUCGACACCUAUGAGACCAACCGCUGCAACGUGCUGUUGCCCCUGAUGGAUAACUUCGGCGUCUCCCAGAUUGCCAAGAUCAGACCUGAGAAUCUGAAGUUCUUUGAAGUCAGCGGUGCUUGUGAAUCUGCACGCACCACUAGUCGGUGGAUGCUCCAUGGGCGAGGAGCUGCGAGAAGGAAUGUGUUCAGAGAUUCCGCAGUUGCACAGCAGGCCAUGUGUCCUUGUUUCCUGUGCCCAUCGGUCGGUGCAUUCUUGGCUCCACGAAGAUGUUGCGUACAGGGGCAAGGCCCAAUACAGAAACAGACCUUACAAGAAAUCUACAAUGCAGUAUUUCGCCAUGGACACUAA